CCACACUCCGAUUCACCCGAUUAACUCUUGUCACUGUCGCGCGUUCUUCUGUAACCGAGCCCAAAAAAAUCACACAAACUGCCGGCGCAUAUUAGCACCAUCGCUGACCUUUACGAUCACCACGUGCUAUCGUGCGCCUCUAUCUCUCUCUCUUCCAUGAAAGGCCAUUGCUUCCAUGGGAACCAAAUCGCUGAAGAAGAGACUGCGUGAGUCGCAGAACCCUCCCAUGGCCGCCGCGGCUCCUCCGCGGCGUAAGCCUCGCUCCUACGCCACGGCUUCCGUGCUUCUCUCCGCUUCCCUCGUCGUCUCCGUCAUCCUCGUCUUGGUCCUUUCGUCGAGCAAGUUGCACGCGUUCCAUCGCGCGGUUUUGGUUUCCUAUGAUACGGCCACCGUAGUUAACGUGUUCCCUCACGAUCCACGAGCCUUCACCCAGGGCCUUGUUUAUUAUAGAAAUGACACCUUAUUUGAGUCAACGGGUCUUUAUGGGCAGUCAUCUGUCCGUAAAGUUGCUCUUCGUACUGGGAAGGUUGAGGAUGUGCUUAAGAUGGAUAAUUCUUUAUUUGGGGAAGGUUUAACUCUCCUCAAUGAUAGGCUGAUCCAAGUAACUUGGUUGCAGAAUGCUGGUUUCAUAUACGAUAAAAAUUUAAGCAAAAUAGGGGAAUUUAAUCAUGAUAUGAAAGAUGGUUGGGGUUUGGCAACUGAUGGAAAAGUCUUGUUUGGAAGUGAUGGCAGUUCAAGAUUAUAUCAAAUUGAUCCUCAAACCUUUAAAGCUAUAUCAAAACAAGUUGUCUACUAUAAGGGUCAUCAAGUUCACAAUCUCAAUGAAUUGGAAUAUAUAAAUGGUGAAGUUUGGGCAAAUGUUUUUAUGACUGACUGCAUUGUAAGAAUCUCCCCCAAUGAUGGCAGUGUUAUUGGAUGGAUUCUCCUACCAAAUUUAAGGAAAGAACUUAUAGAAGCUGGGAAUAAUGGUAUUGAUGUUUUGAAUGGAAUAGCAUGGGAUGCUGAGCAGAAACGGAUAUUUGUGACUGGAAAACUGUGGCCAAAGCUGUAUGAAAUCAAGGUUUCUCCUAUAAAGCAACCAAUUGAAGAAGGGAUCAUUGAAGAGCUUUGCUUGCGUAAGCCUUUCAAAUUUCAUGAUUGAUUAUCCGUUUUUGCUGUAGUUUUUGAAAUCUACUUGGAAGAAUGCGCUGCCGAACUGAGAUUUGAAAUGGUAUAAUUACAUGAUCACUUUGAAGAUAUAUUCAGCAGGGAGAAUGCUACCUUCAGGUUGCCACUACCUUUGUAGUAUCAUUCUUUCUUGUAGUUCAAGAAUUAUAAUUAAAGUAACACACUAAGGAAGAUGUCAAUCAAUUUUUAUGUUAUGUAUGAUAGAGUUGAUGUUGUAAGUAACCGGAAAGUGCAAGGGCACAGGCAAUUUGAGAUAUAAUGUGUUGCAAACAAAAGAAUAGAAAUACAACAAAAAGAAAGAAUAAAAUAAUGAAUGGCUUUAGUGGUUCAA